AUGGCCGAAGCAGCGGCAUUUGUACAGAGUUCUGUCAUUUAUUCAGUCCACUGUUUUAGCUUUUUUCAUUUAUUUAUUUGCUUAGCCUUUUCAGCGUUUCAAACAGCAGAUAGUGAUAAUGUUUUCAGUGCAAGCCACAGGGCUACUGCAUCAGUGGCUGCUGCCAGAGAUUUUAGGUACCUGUUGUAUGAUGUGAACCCUCCUGAGGGGUUCAAUCUGCGAAGAGAUGUCUACAUCCGAAUGGCAUCUUUAGUAAAAACUUUAAGAAAAAAUGGGGAUGACUGGGUGCUGGUUCUUCCUCCAUGGGGUCGCCUCUACCAUUGGCAGAGUCCAAACAUCCAUCAGAUCCGCAUCCCAUGGGGAGAGUUCUUCAGUCUUACAAGUCUGCAAGCCAAUGUCCCUGUCAUUGAAUAUGAAGAAUUUAUUUCUGAGAAUGGUGGCCCUUUCAUUGACCAAGUACUUAUUCUUCAAAACUAUGCUGAAGGCUGGACUGAUGGCAAAUGGGAAGAAAAGGUUGAUGAGCGUCCAUGUAUCGAAAAACUGAUGUACAGCAAAGAUAAACAGGGCUUCUACAGGGGGUGGUUUUGGGGAUAUGAAGAGACAAGAGCGCGUCAUGUAACUUGCUUAUCAGCUCAGGGACAUGCUUCAAUUAUGGCUCCAAUUCUUCAGAAAAAUAUAACUGCAACGUCAGUGAUGCUUGAUCGUGCUGAGACACUGCUUCAUGAUCAUUAUGCAGGAAAGGAUUAUUGGGAUACUCGAAGAAGCAUGGUUUUUGCCAAGCAUUUGCGUCUCAUUGGAGAUGAAUUCAGAAAGAAGUAUCUGAAUUCAACAGAUGAAAUGGACCAUACUAUUUACAAUGAGGACUGGACACGUAUGAAGGCUAAGUUGGGCACAGCCAAAGGUGGCCCAUAUCUGGCUGUACAUCUACGAAGGAAGGACUUUAUCUGGGGUCACAGAGAGGAUGUUCCGAGCCUUAAAGGAGCAGUGAAAAAGAUACACAGCCUGAUGAAGAAACACAAACUUAGCCAAGUUUUUAUUGCAACUGAUGCAGAUGAAGAAGAAAGCAAGGAGCUCAAAAGACUCUUACCAGAAGUGGUGAGAUUUGAACCAUCUGCAGAAGAUUUGGAUCUUCUCAAAGAUGGUGGAGUGGCCAUUAUUGAUCAGUGGAUUUGUGCUCAUGCAAGGUUCUUUAUAGGAACUUCCGUGUCCACCUUUUCAUUCAGAAUCCAUGAGGAAAGGGAAAUCCUUGGUUUUGACCCAAAGAUGACGUACAAUCGUUUCUGUGGAGACAAAGAGAAAGACUGUGAACAGCCAACACACUGGAAAAUAGUUUACUAAUAUGACAGCAACAAGUCGGAUCUCACAAGUGCCAAAAGACAGUGUUACAAAAACAUUCAUUUUACAGUGCUCAUCUUACUUAAAAUAUCUGUAUUAUGUACAAUAUUUUUGUGGUUCAAAGUGAGUUAGUAAUUUAGUCUUUACUCACCAUUGUUGUCAUGAAAAAGCCUGUGUACAAUGCCUUUUUUAUAAGUGUUAUUAUAGAUGUAUAUGUAUUAGUAGUUACCACUAAGUCAGUGUCAUUUUUUAUUUGUUUAAAAUUAAUUCAAAUUGUUUGGUUACAGUAGCUCACUUGCUACCUGUUGUUUAAAUAAUAGCACAAAGCAUGUUGAAUGGAUUAUGUGGGGAACAGAGCUGAAAAAAAAAAGCAAGGUUACAGGGAAAAACAGAAGUGUAUUAUUUACAUGCUUUCAAGAGAAUGAAUAGCAAAUCAUUUGUGCCAUAAUCAUUGAAAUGGUAUAGUUUUUGUCUUCUAUAUUAUUUAUUUUACUGUUCAUGUGACAGUUUAGACUAUUUUCACUAAUUAUAACACUAUGUAACAUAAUAUUGUACUACAGUAAUACUGUAGACAAGGGGCAUAAUUCAUCUAAUUUAAAUAAAAACAUGACAAUGAUGUUUACACCACAGGAAAAAUUGGUUGCUUAAUUUGUCUCUAUUUCAGAUGGAUUUAUUUGUGUGAGGACAACUCACUGUUACUGCCUGUAGGCUCAUUGUUUUUGUUUGCAACUUGAGUAAUGUAAAACUCAGUAAUUAAAGCGACUA